AUGGCAGUGCAAGCUUGCCGCCUCCACCACUACCUAGCUUGGCCGAUGGAUUUUCAGAGCCCCUGCUUGCAACCCGAGCCUGACUUUGAUUUCCAGGAAUUUCGUGAUGCCGUGGAUAACUUCAUAUCCGAUCCAUCCUCUCUGAUGCCUCCUCUGCUGGACUCUGCUGAUUUUUCUUUCCCUGUGGAUGAUGGAAGACCCUUUAGCCCUUGCCUUCACCAGCCUGCUCAGGUUGAUUCUAUCUUGCAGAUGAAUGCAGAAAGCAUCUCUUCUACUGAGCAAUACUGGAAAGACUUGGCAGACCAUAACCAGAAAGCACUGGGGGAUGCACUUGUGGAAAACAAUCAGCUCCAAGUGACGUUGACCCAAAAGCAAGAAGAGAUUGCUUCCUUGAAGGAAAAAAAUAUUCAACUGAAGGAACUAGCCAGCCAAGCAAAGCAGCUUGCCUCCGUGCUGGAUAAGCUAAUGCUCCCGCAGUGCAAAGACGGCACAGACUUCUCCCUCGCCAAUGGCCCCAACAAGAGAAGCCUCAAGCAGGUGUCUGUUGCUGAGCGAGAAGAUGACGUGGAAAUGAACGAAAUCUUGCAGGAAAUAUCAGAGAAAUGCAAUGCAGCCUUGCAGUCCAUUGAUGACAACAGAAGCCCAAAGCGCCCUCGUGGAGAGAAUGAAGCAAUCCACAUGUAUGGUGCUUUCCAUGGGUUGCAGACAUGCAGCAUCCGCAGAUCCCUGGACUUGAGUGGCAGUGAACUGGAGGAAGGGGCGUCCUUCAAGACGUCCAUCAAAGAGCAUUGUAAUAUCCGGACACUGGCCUUCCCUCAAGGCAAUGCAUUUACUGUCAGGACAGCCAGCGGAGGCUAUAAGUUUAGAUGGGUUCCCAGCUGA